GUAGUGGAUUGUCUGGUCAUGACAGAAACUAUCAUAAUUGCUUCAUGCUAAAUAGGAAAUCAAGCCAAAAAAACUAUCCACAAAACAGAAUGAGAUGUCAUGAUUCUGAAUCGACAACUUGUACGACUCCACAAGUAUAUUGUAAUAAUGAAACUAUUAUAGAACGGAAUCAUCUAAAACUUUACAAACAUCGUAUCGAUAUGUUAACUGUCGCGCUCGAGAAUUUUCGGAUUCAAAAUGAGCAAUUAAAACAAGAAUUAGAUAAGUAUCGAGAAAAUACAGUGGACAACGAAGUGUUUCCAUUGCGAAAUCAUGUUAAAGAGCUAACGAGCCAGCAACAAAGUCAAAACUUUACAUGGAAAAUUAAAUCGCUUAAGAAAACUAUUGCGAAGCUGAGAAAAUUAAACAGCACCAUAGAGAACGUUUACGAAAAAAAAUUACAGCGUAUCGUCAAAAAUAAGAAUCUAGAAAUCAAAGUUUUGCAACUGCAAUUCCAAGAACGAGCAAGCGAUAUAUUUUUGUCUCUAUGCUCAGAAAAACAGAAUGAGUUACACAACUUGGUAUCAUCUUUAGAGAAAAGAUACAAGACACUCUUAACAAAUGCUGACGCUGCCAUUGAAAGCCAACGAGAAGAGUACAUUACGAAAAUAGCCGCACUUGAAGCUGAACUGUGCCAUUUGAGAAAUAAUCUUCGAUCUAAAUCCGAAUACAUGUGACUGCGAAUGAC